GGUAUUUGUGCAAACAUAGGAGAAGGGUAUUUGGACAGGCCAAGCAAAUUACACACUAAACAGUAAACACCAUUUUCAUCAACAGAACGCUCAAACGCGAUCUAAACUCCUCUCUCCCUCUUCCCUACAUCUCUCUCUCUCUCUCUCUCUCUCUCGCUUACUGAGUUGCGAGUUGAUGACGACCAGAGCGACCAUGGCGAUCUCCUGAUUCAAUUUCUCGCCAUUUCCAGCACCAGACAAGCUCACGAACUGGUCUGGACUACUGAAAGGACCAAAAGCUCUCUUAUUCUCCUCGAAAUUUCGGAUCUGAACCCUCUGCUCGCUCCCAUCGGGAAUGGCUUCUUCGGAAGCCGAUUCCCGUCUCAGCCUCGUCCUAGUCCCGGCCUUGGAGAAGAUUAUCAAAAGCGGCUCUUGGCGCAAGCACUCUAAGCUUGUCCACGAAUGCAAAGCCGUUCUAGAAAGAAUCACUUCUCCUGAGAAGUUUCCACAGUCCCCCGAUGAAUCUGAGCCCGAGACCUCGAUGCCGGGUGUUUUGCACGACGGCGGUCCCAUUGAGUACUCGCUCGCUGAGUCCGAUUCCAUUCUGAGCCCUCUGAUUGGCGCCUGUGGAUCGGGAUUCCUCAAGAUUGCCGAUCCCGCGCUCGAUUGCAUUCAGAAGCUCAUAGCCCAUGGGUAUGUUCGCGGCGAAGCAGACUCCAGUGGCGGGCCGGAGGCGAAGCUACUGUCUCGGCUGAUCGAAGCGGUGUGCAAGUGCCAUGAUUUGGGUGAUGAUAGUGUUGAAUUGUUGGUGCUCAAGACAUUGCUGUCGGCGGUGACGUCGAUUUCACUGAGAAUACAUGGGGAUUGCUUGUUACAGAUAGUGAGGACUUGUUAUGAUAUAUAUUUGGGGAGCAAGAAUGUUGUCAAUCAGACAACAGCAAAGGCGUCAUUGAUUCAAAUGUUGGUGAUUGUGUUUCGGAGAAUGGAGGCUGACUCUUCGACUGUUCCCGUUCAGCCUAUUGUGGUGGCAGAAUUGAUGGAGCCUGCUGAGAAGGCUGACGAGGAUGCAGGCAUGACCCAGUUCGUUCAAGGGUUUAUUACGAAGAUUAUGCAAGACAUUGAUGUGGUGCUGAACCCCACAACUCCGGGGAAAGUGUCAAUGGGAGGGCAUGAUGGGGCGUUUGAGACCACAACAGUUGAGACUACAAACCCAGCGGAUUUGCUUGAUUCAACGGAUAAGGAUAUGUUGGAUGCGAAGUACUGGGAGAUUAGCAUGUACAAGACAGCAUUGGAAGGGAGGAAGGGGGAGUUAGCAGAUGGAGAGGCCGAGAGAGAUGAUGACUUGGAAGUUCAGAUAGGGAAUAAGCUGAGAAGAGAUGCAUUUUUGGUUUUUCGAGCGCUUUGUAAGCUCUCAAUGAAGACCCCGCCAAAAGAUGCCCUGGCUGAUCCACAGUUGAUGCGCGGAAAAAUUGUGGCUUUAGAGUUGCUCAAGAUAUUGUUGGAGAAUGCAGGGGCUAUUUUUAGGACCAGUGAGAGAUUUUUAGGUGCCAUCAAGCAGUACUUAUGCUUGUCGUUGUUAAAGAACAGUGCUUCGACCCUUAUGAUUGUUUUCCAGCUUUCUUGCUCCAUUUUCAUUAGUCUGGUGUCAAGAUUUAGAGCUGGAUUGAAGGCAGAGAUAGGAGUAUUUUUUCCUAUGAUUGUUCUCAGAGUUUUGGAAAAUGUUGCUCAGCCUAAUUUUCAGCAGAAGAUGAUAGUGCUUCGAUUUCUAGAGAAGCUUUGUGUUGAUUCACAGAUCUUGGUAGACAUUUUCAUUAAUUAUGAUUGUGAUGUCAAUUCAUCAAACAUAUUUGAGAGAAUGGUAAAUGGACUUCUUAAAACUGCUCAAGGUGGUCUUCCUGGUGCUGCCACGACACUGCUACCACCUCAGGAUGUGACCAUGAAACUUGAAGCUAUGAAGUGCCUAGUGGCUAUUCUGAGAUCAAUGGGAGACUGGAUGAAUAAGCAGUUGCGGAUUCCAGAUGCACAUUCUUCAAAGAAAUUUGAAGCGGCUGAAAGCAGCCCUGAACCUGGUAAUCAUCUCAUGGCAAAUGGGAAUGGAGAUGAAUCUGUUGAAGGAUCUGAUUCUCAUUCUGAAGCCUCUAGUGAAGUUUCUGAUGUUUCCACGAUCGAACAGCGCAGGGCUUACAAGCUUGAAUUACAGGAAGGUGUAUCUCUUUUUAAUCGGAAACCUAAAAAGGGUAUUGAGUUCCUAAUAAAUGCAAACAAGGUGGGCAACUCACCAGAAGAGAUAGCAGCUUUCCUUAAAAACACAUCUGAUUUGAACAAGACUCUGAUUGGUGAUUACCUAGGGGAAAAAGAGGAGUUACCACUGAAAGUAAUGCAUGCAUAUGUGGAUUCCUUUGACUUCCAAGGUAUGGAAUUUGAUGAGGCAAUUAGGGCUUUUUUACAAGGCUUCAGGUUACCUGGUGAGGCACAGAAGAUUGAUCGGAUUAUGGAAAAGUUUGCUGAACGGUAUUGCAAAUGUAACCCAAAAGUCUUCACUAGUGCAGACACAGCUUACGUCCUCGCAUACUCUGUUAUAUUGCUCAAUACUGAUGCUCAUAACCCUAUGGUUAAGAACAAGAUGUCUGCUGAUGAUUUUAUAAGAAAUAAUCGUGGCGUUGAUGACGGAAAAGAUUUACCAGAGGAAUAUUUGAGAUCUUUGUUUGACAGAAUAUCGAGAAAUGAGAUUAAAAUGAAAGAAGAUGAUUUGGCUGUGCAGCAGAAGUUGUCAAUGAACUCAAACAGAAUUUUAGGCUUGGACAGUAUAUUAAAUAUUGUGAUCCGCAAGCGAGGUGAAGAGAAGUAUAUGGAGACCAAUGAUGAUCUAAUCAGGCAUAUGCAGGAACAAUUCAAAGAAAAAGCUCGCAAAUCUGAGUCUGUUUAUUAUGCAGCAACAGAUGUGGUGAUCCUCAGAUUCAUGAUUGAGGUUUGCUGGGCUCCAAUGUUGGCUGCAUUCAGUGUUCCACUUGACCAAAGUGAUGAUGAAGUAGUGAUAGCCCAGUGUCUUGAAGGCCUUCGCUAUGCAAUUCAUGUUACAGCAGUAAUGUCUAUGAAGACUCAUAGAGAUGCUUUUGUGACUUCUCUAGCAAAGUUUACCUCCCUCCACUCACCUGCUGAUAUCAAACAGAAAAAUAUAGGUGCCAUCAAGGCAAUAAUCACGAUUGCAGAUGAAGAUGGAAAUUACCUACAGGAAGCCUGGGAGCACAUCUUGACAUGUGUUUCUCGGUUUGAGCAUUUGCACCUUUUGGGAGAGGGUGCUCCACCGGAUGCUGCAUUUUUCGCUAUCCCUCAGAAUGAUGUAGAAAAAUCUAGGCUGGCCAAGUCAACCAUCCUCCCUGUUCUGAAGAAGAAGGGACCUGGAAAGAUUCAGUAUGCAGCUGCUGCUGUGAGAAGGGGUUCAUAUGAUAGUGCUGGGAUCGGUGGCAGUACUUCUGGGGCAAUUACAUCUGAACAGAUGAGCACUUUGGUGUCUAACUUAAACAUGUUGGAACAAGUUGGAAGCUCUGAAAUGAAUCGCAUAUUCACACGCAGUCAAAAGUUAAACAGUGAGGCAAUAAUUGACUUUGUUAAGGCUUUAUGUAAGGUUUCUAUGGAAGAAUUGCGGUCUGCAUCUGAUCCACGGGUUUUUAGCCUUACAAAGAUCGUUGAGAUUGCGCACUACAACAUGAACCGUAUUAGGCUUGUGUGGUCAAGCAUCUGGCAUGUACUUUCAGAUUUCUUUGUCACCAUUGGCUGCUCUGAAAACCUUUCUAUUGCAAUUUUUGCCAUGGAUUCUCUGCGCCAAUUAUCAAUGAAAUUCUUGGAGCGAGAAGAGUUGGCUAAUUAUAACUUUCAAAAUGAGUUUAUGAAGCCUUUUGUCAUUGUUAUGCGCAAGAGUGGUGCUGUUGAAAUCAGGGAGUUAAUCAUCAGAUGUGUCUCUCAAAUGGUCUUAUCCCGUGUCAAUAAUGUCAAAUCAGGAUGGAAAAGCAUGUUCAUGGUCUUCACGACGGCAGCUUAUGAUGACCAUAAAAACAUUGUACUGUUGGCUUUUGAGAUAAUUGAGAAGAUUGUGCGAGAUUACUUCCCAUACAUUACUGAGACUGAGACAACCACCUUUACUGAUUGUGUGAAUUGCCUAAUUGCAUUCACCAACAGUAGAUUUAACAGGGACAUCAGUCUCAAUGCUAUUUCUUUUCUACAAUUCUGUGCAGAAAAACUCGCAGAAGGAGAUCUUGGCUCUUUGUCAAGGAAGAAGGACAAGGAAAUUGUUGGAAAGAUUUAUCUGUCAUCACCUCAAACAGGAAAAGACGGAAGGCAAGAUAAUGGAGAGUUGACAUCUAAGGAUGAUCAUCUCUAUUUCUGGUUCCCUCUGUUGGCUGGACUGUCAGAACUUAGCUUUGAUCCAAGGCCUGAGAUCAGGAAGAGUGCCCUCCAAGUGCUUUUUGAUACAUUACGCAAUUAUGGCCAUCUUUUCUCACUGCCUUUGUGGGAACGUGUGUUUGAGUCCGUCCUUUUUCCAAUAUUUGAUUAUGUUCGACAUGCUAUUGAUCCUUCAGGAGGUACCUCAUCUGAGCAUGGGGCAGUUACUGAGACUGGCGAGCUUGAUCAAGAUGCAUGGCUUUAUGAUACAUGCACAUUGGCUCUACAACUAGUUGUAGACCUUUUUGUCAAAUUUUAUGAUACUGUCAAUCCAGUUUUGAGGAAAGUUCUGAUGCUGUUGGUGAGUUUCAUCAGGCGUCCUCACCAAAGCCUUGCUGGUAUUGGUAUUGCUGCAUUUGUCCGUUUAAUGAGCAGUGCGGGCGAUCUGUUUUCUGAUGAUAAGUGGCUAGAAGUGGUUUUGUCAUUAAAAGAAGCAGCUAAUGAAACACUUCCUGACUUCUCCUAUAUUCUUAAUGGUGAUGGAAUGAUUAGGAUACAUGAAGAAUCUUUAACUAACCAGGGUAAUGGAGGAGCUUCUGGUUCUGGUACUCCCAAUGAUGAUUCUGAGAGCUCGAGGAUGCACCAUUUCAAUGUUGCUAUUUCCGAUUCCAAGUGCCGAGCUGCUGUUCAGCUUUUAUUGAUUCAGGCGGUGAUGGAGAUAUACAACAUGUACAGGCCUCAACUUUCAGCAAAAAAUACUGUAAUUCUCUUUGAUGCUUUGCAUACAGUGGCAUCCCAUGCUCACAGGAUAAACAGCAAUAACCCCCUCCGUUCAAAGCUGCAAGAACUGGGUUCAAUGACACAUAUGCAAGAUCCUCCAUUACUCCGACUUGAGAAUGAAUCAUACCAAAUUUGCUUGACAUUGUUGCAGAAUCUUAUACUGGACAGACCUCCAAGUUAUGAAGAGGUGGAAGUAGAAUCCUACCUUGUUGACCUUUGUCAGGAGGUCCUACGGUUCUAUAUUGAAACAGCGAGUUUUGGACAGAUUACAAACUCAUCCUCUCUUGGUGAGCAACCACGAUGGUUGAUCCCUUUAGGUUCUGGGAAACGGAGAGAAUUGGCUGCUCGCGCACCUUUAGUUGUGGCAACUCUAGAGGCUAUAUGUGCUUUGGAAGAGCCUUCAUUUGACACAAACUUGAUUUGUUUCUUCCCUCUAAUUUCAAGCUUGAUAAGUUGUGAACAUGGUUCAAAUGAAGUUCAAAUAGCCUUGAGUGAAAUGCUGAGCUCAUCAGUGGGUCCUGUUUUGCUUCGGUUGUGUCGAUUCCAGUAAAAUCUGUACCUCAAUUUGCUAUGUAUGAUAUUUUUUUUCUGAGUUGAAUUUUCCAUGUUCUCCUGCUUUAUGAUAAAUUUAAUUGGAAAUAUAGGUUAAUAGUGUAUGAAGAGGUAGCAUUGAUUUUGGAUUA